GCGGGCUCCUCGUCGCUGCCGGGCCGCGAGCCGGUGUACAACUGGCAGGCCACCAAGCCCACGGUGCAGGAGCGCUUCGCCUUCCUCUUCAACAACGAGGUGCUCAGCGACGUCCAUUUCUUGGUGGGCAAAGGCCGCGCCGGCGCCCAGCGCAUCCCCGCCCACCGGUUUGUGCUGGCCGUGGGCAGUGCCGUCUUCGAUGCCAUGUUCAAUGGAGGCAUGGCGACGACGUCUACGGAGAUAGAGCUGCCGGACGUGGAACCAGCUGCCUUCUUAGCCUUGCUGAAGUUUCUUUAUUCGGAUGAAGUUCUGAUCGGGCCAGAGACGGUGAUGACAACUCUCUACACCGCGAAAAAGUACGCGGUCCCUGCCCUCGAGGCGCACUGCGUGGAAUUCCUGAAGAAGAACCUCCGUGCGGACAACGCGUUCAUGCUUUUGACACAGGCCAGACUCUUUGACGAGCCUCAGUUGGCAAGCCUAUGCCUGGAGAACAUCGAUAAGAACACCUCUGAUGCCAUAAACGCUGAAGGGUUCACCGAUAUCGACCUGGACACGCUGGUCGCCGUUCUGGAGCGGGACACCUUGGGCAUCCGGGAGGUGCGCCUCUUCAACGCAGUGGUCCGGUGGUCCGAGGCAGAGUGCCACCGCCAGCAGCUGCAGGUGAUUCCGGAGAACAAGCGCAAAGCCUUGGGCAAAGCCCUCUCGCUCAUCCGCUUCCCCUUGAUGACGAUCGAGGAGUUUGCUGCAGGGCCGGCCCAGUCAGGAAUCCUCACAGACCGUGAAGUGGUCAGCCUCUUCCUCCACUUCACCGUCAAUCCCAAGCCGCGGGUGGAGUUCAUUGACAGGCCCCGCUGCUGCCUGAGGGGGAAGGAGUGCAGCAUCAGCCGCUUCCAGCAGGUGGAGAGCCGCUGGGGGUACAGCGGGACCAGCGACCGGAUCAGGUUCUCUGUGAACAAGAGGAUAUUUAUAGUCGGGUUCGGGCUCUACGGAUCGAUACACGGACCGACGGAUUAUCAAGUGAACAUACAGAUCAUCCACACCGACAGCAACACGAUACUGGGCCAGAACGACACCGGAUUCAGCUGCGACGGGUCCUCCAACACCUUCCGGGUUAUGUUCAAGGAGCCGGUGGAGAUUCUGCCCACCGUCAGCUACACAGCCUGCGCAACACUGAAGGGCCCAGAUUCCCACUACGGAACCAAAGGGCUGCGUAAAGUGAUCCACGAGUCGCCCACGACGGGCGCCAAGACCUGCUUCACCUUCUGUUACGCUGCCGGGAACAACAAUGGCACCUCUGUGGAGGACGGACAGAUCCCAGAGAUCAUCUUCUACACAUAGCGCCGCCGCCAGCAGAGUCAAGCGACGGACCAGGCGCUGCUCUCCUCCCGCCGCCCUUCCCGUGUCCUUCCAA